AUGAUUCGAGCAUCGGCUGUGGUCGUCGUGAUUUUGGGCCUAUUCGCACUCAGCAGAGCGCAACAGGACAACUGUUACAUCAAUGAAAGUGGUUUCACAUGCUGCAACAAGAAACUUGAAGCGGCCAUGAAAGGAGCGAUGGGAGGAAAAGACCUACUUUCCGCUGCGGAUGAAAUCCAAAAAAUGGCUGAGACAACGUUGGGCGGGAAAUUCGAAACUGUUGUGGCAUUGGAUGAUUUCGCAUAUAAAUCUCACUUCAAGAUGAAGAAUGCGAUACCGGUUGUGGAUUGUCCGGAUAGUGUAUGUAUAAAAGCGGUUAUCACGGAACCUCCAGCAAAACGAGAAGUAUGCGUGCAUGGCCCGGCGAUUGUUCGAGAUUGUUGGAGGCGUGUUGUUGGAGCCGAGGGCGUAUUCGCUUUGGAUCCAAAGGGUCGAAGAAAUAUGGUAAAACUCAGCGAAGAUGACAACGCUGAUCGAAUAUUGGGCGUGAUCUACACGUGCCAAGGAUUCCUGUGUAAUUCAUCGAUCCAGGAACGACUCCUACCGUUGUCUUUCUUCACGAUUUACUUAUUAUUGUAA